AUGCCACCCCUUCACCUUCUCACUGCUCACUCCCAUUCCGCCUUUUUUUCCUUCCCCUCCCCCACUCUCCACCCCUCUUCCUCCCCGCGCCCCCCUUUUCCCCCGUUCUCCUCUCUCCCUUGUAACCCCAUUCCGUCAAUCUAUUCGCGAAUACGUCUUACUCGAACUCAAGACGUCGCUGCUUUGCUGCUGCGCGCGUUGCGGCGGUCGAACGAGGUGACGCUGCUGGCGCCGUCGCCCGACGCGGCGAAGGCGGAGCUUCCCGACGGCUCGCCAUUGGUGAAGAGCAAGAAGGCGAUGCGCCGCCUCCUGCGCUACUGCCUCGUAUUGGGCCGUCUCGUCUCCUACACCAACCUCGUCGAAGAUCCCGCGGGGACUAAGUAUCCGACAAUACGAUCCGGCCGGCGACUCGCCACCGCCGGCGGAAACGGGCAGCGCGGGCGCGGCGUCUACUCCGCCGGCUCCCCCGCCGCCCGCGCUCACGGGCAUGACGCCCCGCACACCAUGAGUACGCCUUCUUUCCGCUUCCGCCAUUCACUCCCUGUCUCCCCCAUUUCCCUCCCUUCCCUUCCUCCCCCCCCCCCUCCUCCCCCCCACUUCCUCCCCACCCUCUCCCCCUCCCCUCCCUUGGCCUCCCCCCAACACUCCGCGCACUCUUCUCGUUCCCCACUCAUCAACCUUUCUGCCGUCGUCGUGUCUCGAUCGUGGUCGUAUUGCACUCUGAAGUAG